AUGGGCAUUCGAAUUACCUCUUGGAAUGUCAACGGCAUCAGAAACCCAUUCUCUUAUGAACCGUGGCGGGAAAACAGAACCUUUCAGCAGUCAAUGUUUGACAUUCUAGAGGCAGACAUUGUUGUCAUGCAAGAGGCAAAAAUUCAGCGCAAAGACCUUCAAGAUGAUAUGGUGCUCGUCCCUGGCUGGGAUGUCUACUUCAGCCUCCCAAAGUUCAAGAAGGGUUACUCUGGCGUUGCCAUCUACACACGAAGCUCCAAAUGCUCACCCAUCCGUGCCGAGGAAGGCAUCACUGGUACUCUAUGUCCUCCAAACUCGACCACCAGAUUUCGCGAGCUGCCUCAAGACCAGCAGAUUGGCGGCUACCCUAGACCCGAUCAGCUCUCCGAUGCCAUAGACGAGGCUACUCUGGACUCGGAAGGGCGCUGCAUGAUCCUCGAGUUUCCGGCCUUUGUGCUCAUCGGCGUAUACAGCCCAGCAACUCGCGACGAAACCAGGACCGACUUCCGUCAGGCGUUCCACAAGGCCAUGGAUGCAAGGGUUCGAAAUCUCGUCGCCAUGGGCAAGCAGGUUGUGCUUACGGGUGACCUCAACAUUAUUCGAAACGAGCUCGACACAGCCGGUCUCCUCGAGCGUCUGCGCAAGGAGGAGACGACUAUGGACGAAUUUUUCUCUACGCCAUCACGCCGGUUUCUCAAUCAUCUCGUCUUUGGCGGUAAUGUCGUCGGUGACCGGGACCAAGGACGUGAGGAGCCGGUCCUGUAUGAUCUCGGUAGAGAAUUUCACCCUGAUAGGAUGGGCAUGUACACCUGUUGGGAGACACGCAAGAACGCACGCCCUGGAAACUUUGGUAGUCGCAUAGACUAUGUCUUGUGCAGCGCUGGCAUGAAAGACUGGUUCAUUGACGCCAAUAUCCAGGAGGGGCUGCUCGGGUCUGAUCACUGUCCAGUCUAUGCCACCUUAUCUGAUAACGUCAGGACUGCGGAUGGCAAGGCUAUACCCCUUGUGGACAUAAUGAAUCCAAAAGGCAUGUUUGCCAAUGGCGAAAGAGUGCGAGAUUGGUCUGUCAAAGACCUUCUUCCAUUGUCGGCAAAACUUAUCCCUGAAUUUGACCGUCGGAGGAGCAUCAAGGACAUGUUCUUUAAGAAGCCAAACCCGACAGGUAGCAGAGAUGUGCCAUCAUCAGAAAUAAGAGAAGCGACACCCUCGGACACAGUACCACCAUCUCCAGUUACAAAAUCACCGAGCCCGAAAGAAGAUAAUCAGUCAAGCCAGCAAGACAGACAACCAUCCUCCCAAACAUCCACAUCCGCAUUCCCAGCAGUUCUGCCUCAGACUCAUCCUAACAUACAAAAAAGACCUAGCAAAACAUCUGCAUCAACUCCGCGACCACAAAAGAAGACAAAGGUGUCAGCAAUCAACACAACAACAAAGAAUAGCGCCGAUAGGGCUCCUGGUCAGAAGAGUCUCAUGGGCUUCUUCAAACCGAAAGAUGCAGACAGUACGUCCGCAACUGACGGGGAAAGAACAUCGAUGCGCAUCACCCCCUCGCCCACCAAGAGUAACAACUUCUUUAACCCAAUGAUUUCAGGGGCGUCGACAUUUGUUCCUGAUAGUGACCAGGAAGGAGCUUCACAAGACGCGGACAAAGGAACAGACCUUGUGAAAGGGAGUCAAAGCAUCAGCAGUGGCAAGGAAGAUGACAUCGAAGCAGCUCUUCCGGACUCGCCGAAGGUUUUUGAUCCAAUUGAGAACAAGGAGUCGUGGUCGAAGUUAUUGAAGAAGAGAGUUGUACCCAAGUGUGAGCACGACGAACCGUGCAUCAGCCUACAGACCAAGAAGCCAGGCAUCAACUGUGGCCGGUCCUUUUACAUCUGUGGCAGACCUCUCGGGCCGUCAGGCGAGAAGGAGAAAGGUACCGAGUGGAGAUGUGGCACGUUUAUCUGGAGCAGCGAUUGGAACGCGUCACAGCAGAGCUAG